CCGGUACCUGUUAGUGACAGUCGGCUGUGUGAUGUUGCUGGUCACACCUGUACCCAGUAUGGACUUCGUUGAGGAAGGAAAUUACACCCAGUCCUACCAGAACCAGACGACUACAGGGCCGCCACCUAUGGAGGCGACAGCCUACCUGAUGACGACCUUCAGUGCAGUGGUGUUCCUGGUGGGUCUGACCGGCAACUCGCUGGUGAUCUACGUCGUGGCGCGGUUCAGUGAGAUGCACACCGUCACUAACUACUACAUCUCUAACCUGGCGAUCACUGACCUGGCGUUCCUCAUCUGCUGUCUACCCUUCACUGCCAUCAACUACGUGGCGUUAGAGUGGAAACUGGGACUGUUCAUGUGCAAGUUUGUCAACUAUAUGAUGCAGGUGACUGUGCAGGCGACUUGUCUAACGCUGGCCGUGUUGAGCGUAGACCGCUACUGUGCCAUCGUCCACCCAGUGUCGUCCAUGUCAUUCAGAACCAAGAAGGUGGCUAAAAUCCUGUGUGCGUCCGUGUGGGCAGCGUCCCUUCUACUAGGCAUCCCGGUGGCAGUCAACUAUGAGCUGGUGGGAUAUGACUACUACGGGUGGCGGACGUACUGCCGUGAGGUGUGGAUGAGUGAGUCCGGGCAGCGCGGGUACAUGCUGUACACCGUCCUGCUGGCGUACGUCCUGCCGCUGGCCUGCUGCGGAGCCUGCGGCGUCCUCAUCAUCCGCCGCCUGCUCACCCGGAUGGAGCGUGCCCCGACCCAGCAGCGCAACCAGGCCCGUCAGACCAGACGUACGACCUGCAUCAUCGUCAGCGUUGUUGUCAUCUUCGCCCUCUCCUGGCUGCCCAACCACGCUAUCAACCUCUGGCGUGUCUUCAACCUGGAUGCAGACAUCACAGACGCCAUUAGCGCCCUGAAGACCGCAGCUCUCAUCCUCUCCUACUCCAACUCCGCCGUCAACCCCUUCGUGUACACGCUGAUCGGAGAAAACUAUCGCAACUGCCUGAAGAAGUCCUGUCCGUGCACGAGGAGGAAGAGUUCGUCCCGGUUCAGCUCCACCGUGACCAGAUGUUCGUGUCUGCACGGCGCCAAGGGGGAGAUGACCGUUAACCUGGGCAUGCGCGUGGCACACGUGCGGAACCCGCCACUGGAAAUGAAGACCUCGUACCUGCCCUCGGAAACUGCGCAGGUCUCUCUGCCUGAAUUUGAUAACGAUGAUAAAGUAAUGUAGGGCCAAACGUUG